GUCUCACAGGUACCUGGCUUGGGCUUCCUGUUGUGCGGAAGUUCGGGUGCCACUCAAAUAUAAUGAAUUGUAGAUAUGUUUUUCGGUACUUAACCCAUAUUGCGUGGUAGUAGGUACGUUCACUCGCCUGGUCUUUUUUCCUCGCCUUCGAGAAAAAAAAUGUCUGCAAUUGAAGUUUUGGUUAAGUUUGAAUGUAACAGUCGAAAACUGACUUUAAGUGAAGGCACAUUGGAGGCCUUGAAAAAAGAAUUCAUGAAGAUAUUUGAUGACGUCAUUCCCCAUGAUGUCCUGCCAUCUAAGCUUCUUUUCCAGAGAUUUGACUCUCGCUAUCAGGAGUGGGUUGACAUGACUGCAGACGAGAAAAUAUGCGAUGGAGACAAGAUAAGGGUUCUGGACCUAUCUUCCAGCGGGACAUCUUCAGGUACUAGAAUUCCCCCUCACAGAAUCAAACGUAACACAACCUACCGUAUUUGGUCACUAGUCAGCAGAACCAACGGUUCACUUAUGAAGCGAGACGAUACGAUAAUGAAAAGUGAUGGAAGUGUGGCAUCGGAUGAAGUAAUUCUCCUUAACAUCAAAGCAAAAGAUGUCAGUGAUCCAACUUAUAAACUAUAUCGUCUUGAGCUACAAGUUCCCGAUACCUCUUCAAAAUGUUACGUCAUCACUGGACAAAGUGAAAACCAGGAUGUUAUCGUACAGGAGGUGGAUGCUUCCUCACCGCCUAAUACGCCAGAUACCAAGUUUGAACCUGAGUACUUCUACGCCUUUACUCGGUUCCGCUGUUUAUCAGUCAAUGGCGAGAAUGAUCUCUAUCUUGCAUCAGACGAGAAUGGGAAGAUGAUAAUGGCUAAAGGAGGGUUGCGAGAAUUCCCAAAUCCUACUACACUUUUUAUUUGUAACCAAAUCAUUUGAGGAGGAUCUGGAUGUGGCAUGUGAUUGGCUGAUGUCAGUAGUCAGUUUAAAUUUUACUUAAUAUUCAUUAGUUGUCAGUUCAAGUGCAGGCUUUUUGUCAGUUAAAUUUCAGGCUUUUGCCAGUUGUGAGUAUAAAAUUGUAAUGUUAUUUCGUCCUAAUCAGUUGUCAGGAAACCCCGUCCAGAAAACAUACAAUAUUCAGUAGUUGAUUUUACUAGUCCCAACCGUAGUCAAAUCUUAUAUAGGCUACCUCUUCAUAAGUUUCGUAAUUUCGCAAUAACAGUCCAUAGUCCGACAGUAGACUAGCAAAUAGAGGGUUUGUGUGUUUGCGUACCACUAUAUGGGAAAUAAAAUCUUGUUGUUCGUGUGGCAUAACUCUAUAUCCACAUUUUUCUUACCUUAUUCAGAAGUGAACAUAGAUUUCUGCUGGGUUAUUAUACCGCCAUUUGAAGCUUUAAAGUGUCGAAAAUAUGAAUCGAAACUUGCAGAUAUUACAGCGAAGUGAACACUUUGCCGCCAUCUUUAAUCUACCUUAGAAACCUGACAAAGGAAACCCAAAAAAGGCUAAGAUCACAGGGAUCCCACGCGAACGACAAUAUAACUUUGAUUUUUUAUCAUUUUAUUAUUUGCAUUGCUUUCAUGUAAUGGUUAUAACAUCAUUGAUCAAUAAAAUCGGUUUUGGUACCUAA